AUGGGUGGCUACGACGACCUCUUGGGCGACGGGCGGCUGCUGAAGCGCGUCGUCGCCACUGGCGCUGGCGACGCGCCGCGGCCCGGAGGCACCGUGGCAGUGCGUUACGAGACGCGCGUGGUCCGCGAGGCCGGUGACGCCAUUGGAAAGGUUGGAGAACUCGGAGAAAUCGGAGAACUGAGGGAUGAACUCUUUGAUUUCACCCUGGGUUCGGAAGAUGUUUUGGAGGCUUGGAACUUGGCAAUUCCCACCAUGAAACCCAACGAACGCAGUGUGUUUCUGGCACAUCCUAGUCUGACUUAUGGAGAAGAUGGAGCUGGAGAUGACAUCCCACCGGGCGCAUUGUUGGAAUUCACCAUUCAUCUUUUCCCAGCAAAGGUGGAAGCCACCGCGCCAAAUGUGGAUGAAACGGUUGGAAAGAGCCUUGGAACCGGGAAGCUGCAGAAAUCCAAGGAAUCGGUGCAAAUGCAGCGUCUCAGAAGGGCGACUGAAGCGAAGGAACGAGGAAAUCAGCUGACGCGGAAUGGAGAGUUUCACGCUGCACGGAAAGCUUACAAAGAAGCCUUGAUGUUGCUGAAACCUAUUGAGAGUGAUGGUGAAGUGGCUGUGACCCAGCAGAUGUUUGAGGAAAUGCACCAGCUGCGGCUCUCGUAUCCGAGGGCCAUCGACAGCGCCACGAGCGCCCUGGAGCUGGACAGUGGGAACUGCAAAGCGCUGUACCGCCGGGGUGUGGCCCAACUGCGGCAGGGCGCCGUGGAGGAGGCGAAGGUGGAUCUGUUGAAGGCCUUCCAGGCAGAUCCCAACGCAGAGAUUCGAGCGCGACUGGAAGAGUGCAGAGAGAAGCUGGCAGCAAGUGCCCAAUGGCAUAAGAAUGCAUUUGGAGGAAUCUUCCACAAAGCACCUGAACAGCUUGCUCGGGAUCGUGACCUCUCUGUACUGCCUCAAGUAUGGUUGGAGAUUCAGAUUGGAAAUGGCCCCAUAUAUCGGCUGAAUAUCGCUUUAUAUAGCGAUACAGUUCCUCGCACCGCUGAGAAUUUCCGUUGUCUUUGCACCGGAGAGCGCGCUGGUACAAAGGGCCUUCCAUUGAGUUUCCGCCGCAGUGUGGUGCAUAAGGUCAUUCCUCGUAGCCUCGUGGAAGGGGGUGAUAUCACCAAAUUUAACGGCACUGGAGGCGAAUCCAUCUAUGGCCCCACAUUUUCCGAUGAAGGUUUUCAAGACCUGCACCAUAAACGUGGUUUACUUUCAAUGGUGAACCAUGGCCCCAAUAGCAACAGCUCCAAAUUCAUGGUGACUUUGCGAUCUCUGCCGGAGUUUGAUGGAAAAAAUGUGGUUUUUGGCGAAGUUCUGUCUGGAUUGGAUGCAUUAGAUGCGAUGGAGGCGGUGGACACGGAAUACCCUGACUGGCCCAAAACGCAGAUCAUGGUGGUCGCUUGCGGUGACAGAAGAUCCUGA